CUCUUCAUUUUUCUCUCUUUAUUACAUUUUCAUUAUGGUGACCAAGAUAUGAUCUGUUAUCAAUAUAUAUUCAAUGACAUUCACAGUCCCGAGUCCUAACCUGAGUUGUGUCUCAACUUGCUCUUCUUCUUCUCUUUCACCCUCCAAAUUUUCUCACUCUCUCUUUAUCUUCACCUUUUCAGUUUAAAGCUUCAGAUCACAACCGAUCCACCAUUCACCACUUUCUCUUCACAAGCUCAAGUUACUGACAGGCAAAUCUAACAAGAAAAGUAGUCUCUGAAGCCGAUCCAGUGCCUUGUGAAUUUGGAAUUGGUGGUGAAUUUAGAUCUAAAAGCCAUAGCAAUGUCUUUUAUCGGUACCCAGCAAAAGUGCAAGGCUUGUGAGAAAACGGUUUAUCCCGUUGAUCAGCUUUCUGCUGAUGGUACUGCUUAUCACAAAGCUUGCUUCAGAUGCUCUCACUGCAAAGGAACAUUAAAGCUGAGCAACUAUUCCUCAAUGGAAGGUGUUCUUUACUGUAAGCCUCACUAUGAGCAGCUCUUCAAGGAGAGUGGCUCCUUCAGCAAGAACUUCCAGUCACCUGCAAAGCUAGCUGAUAAGACAACUCCUGAGCUGACAAGGUCUCCUAGUAAAGCUGCGAGCAUGUUUUCUGGCACACAAGAAAAGUGUGCCACAUGUGGCAAAACUGCUUAUCCAUUAGAGAAGGUAACAGUGGAAGGGCAGGCCUAUCACAAAUCAUGUUUCAAGUGUUCACAUGGUGGAUGUCCCAUAACGCCAUCGAAUUAUGCAGCCCUUGAGGGCAUUUUGUAUUGCAAGCACCACUUCUCCCAGCUUUUUAAGGAGAAAGGGAGCUAUAAUCAUCUUACUAAGUCUGCAUCAGUCAAACGGGCAGCCGCAGCCACAGCAGCAGCAACAACAGCUGCCUCUGUUCCAGAAUCUUGAAUGUUGGUUCCUUCAAUUGCCUUUUCUUUUUCAAAUACAUUUUGGUUUGUGAAGCAAGUGUUUGUAUGUGUGGCCUUUUUGGUUUUUGAUUGUUCUCUCGUGACUUUGAUCAUUUCUGAUAUUUUUACUUACACAUGCGUGGCGUGCAAAUCUUGUGUGGUUUAUUCAUAUAAUGGACAUUUAGUAAAGACGAGACUAAUGAGAGCGUGAUUUGCAAGAUAUAUCAUUCCAGGUUGAUGA